UGAGAAAAGAAGAUUAAUACAAACUGAAAGAAGAACACAACAAGAAUGAACUCAACUUUUGUCAGGCCAUUGGGUUUUUAUCUUGGUGGCUUUCAGUCACUACCAUUUGCACAAUAUUACUUUUUAUUCCUGAGUAUUAUUUAUCUUGCUACACUCUUUUUUAACUUUUUUCUAAUGGCAAUUAUAAUGCAUGCAGAGAGUCUGCAUACUCCUAAAUACAUUGCUAUAUUUUUGCUGUCGAUAGUAGACAUAGGUUAUAGUGCAACUAUCAUUCCAAAAUCAGCAGGUGCAUUUAUUUUUGAUUCAAAAUUUAUAUUAUAUGAGGCUUGUUUGACUCAGAUGUUUUUUGUUGUGUAUUUUUUAGAAAUGGAAUCCUUUUCAAUCACAAUUUUAGCAUAUGAUCGAUUAAUAUCCAUUUGCUUUCCUUUGCAAAGUGUCACAAUCAAUACAAAUACUAGAAUGAUUAUUAUUAUACUCAUUUCUGCGUGCAUCCCCUUUGUGGUGGAUGUUGUCUUAGUUUAUUUAAUUACACGUUUGUCAUUCUGCAGAUCUACUGUUAUUAAUAGCUAUUUUUGUGAUCAUGGACCUGUGUUCUAUUUGGCAUGUAAUGACUUUACACCAAACUGGAGGGUGGCAUACUUUGGUGUUGUUACAUUUUUGUGUGUACCCCUGGCUUUCAUUAUAAUAUCUUAUAUUUGCAUUCUUUCAGCAUUGUUAAAGAUAAAAUCUAAAGAUGGUAGAAGAAAAGCAUUUAAAACUUGCACAACACACUUAGCUUUAGUAGCUAUAUUUUACAUCCCUUUAAUAUCAAUUUAUCUUACAUCUUGGAUAAACCUAUCAGUAGACACAAAUAUUCGGAUUUUCAGUACUUCUUUAGCUGCCACUAUGCCUCCAUUAUUAAACCCCAUUAUUUAUACAUUAAAAACAGAAGAAAUCAUGGUGGAGAUUAAAAAGAUCUUUAAGAGAAAAACAGCUAAUUCAUUACCUAAAAUUUUCUUUUAA